CAAGAACCUCACCCCCCAAAGGAUUCAAUGCAAAGUUUAGAGACCUCUGCUGACACCACAAUCAAAACAAAUAAGUAAAACAGGUGGCAGGUUAUGGUGCACCUGACCAACCCACCUGAGCCGGACAUAUAGACAGUGGGACAAAGAAGACAGAGUUUUCCUGCACUGUACUCAGUCCAUCUUCAGCUGCAAAGAGAGAAGGCAACAAAGAGAAUUACGGUGAGCAUGACAUCAUUUGUACCACAAGCCAUGUCACCCCGGUUUGACAAUAUGGGGCAGGAAUCCCAAGAGUACAGCUUGUACAGUGACAGCUUCUAUACCCCUCCGCCUCUGCCAAGCCCACAACAGACUUUGCCGUCUGCCUGUGACCUGGCAGACUACAGCAGCCUGCCUUCCAAUCCUUAUCUGUGGUUCAGUGGCCCUGGCCUUAACACAGCAGCAGCCAGUCUUGGGGGAGCUCCUCAGCCCUAUGGAAUGCAGAGACCCUACAUCGGAACAGGAGGAAUGGGGGCCACAGAAGGACCUUUCAGCUGGUUUCCCCUGCCUUCUCAAGAGGACCUGAUGAAACUUGUCAGGCCCCCUUAUUCUUACUCAGCUCUGAUUGCCAUGGCAAUAAAUGGGGCCCCAAAUCGCAGGCUGACUCUCAGCCAAAUCUACCAGUAUGUGGCGGACAACUUCCCAUUCUACAACAAGAGCAAAGCUGGUUGGCAGAACUCCAUUCGGCAUAAUCUCUCACUCAAUGACUGCUUCAUGAAGGUUCCAAGGGAUGAUGAUGAUCCAGGAAAGGGAAACUACUGGACUCUGGACCCUAACUGUGAAAAGAUGUUUGAUAAUGGCAACUUCCGUCGUAAGAGGAAGAGAAAAUCUGAUUCCCUGCUUGAAGAUGAAGGGAAAGGCUAUGCAGGAACAGACUCUACUGGAACCAGCCCAGAACACCAGAAUAACCCCAACCACGAGCCAGAGAAAGGACCCUCUCCAGUCUCAACAGGCUCAGCCCCCUGUCUAAAUGGCUUCUUGUCUCAUAUUAAUGAGGUGACCUCAGGUUCAAGUAGCAUGCGAGAGAGUGCGCUCCUCCCUUCUCUGCCACUGGGCCUGCCUUUGGACACCCAAAGGGCUUCUCCAACAGGAGGUUUUGGCCAGUACUCUCCAGGUGCUACGGUACCACAGUGGGAGGCCCAGGUUCCUCCCCCAUCUCAGUCCAACCUCUCUGGCACACCCCCCCACUACACAGGCAGUUACAGUGACUCAGUCCUCAGUCAGUUCAGCAGCCAUCUUUACCCAGGCCUGGACUCUGCUGGCAUGGUGUAUCUACGGGAAGGCACAGAGGUGUAGAGCAAGAAAGAGACUUCCAUGUGUUUUUCCACCAGGCACUUGAACAAAGCAGCUGUGUAAGACCUAACGAAAUUCCCACGAUGUUUCCUGAGUCAUCUGGUCAUUGGACACUGUGUGAACUGUCAUACAUCCUGCUCUCAGCAUCAGCUGCUGGUAUCAUCUCAUUUCAGGUUGCAACUAAAAACGUUUUGUUGUGACUUUUUUUUGUAAAUGCUCCCAGUUUAUGAAAGAGACAUUUGUUGUAGUAUAUUUACUGCACUGAAAUUUGUCAUAGGUAUAACAAAAUUUUGCAUUGUCUUUUUAGAUAUAUUUUCUUACUGUAAUAAAUGUUUAUAUGGAUAUAUGUAU